AUGCGAAUUGGUGUCCAUACAGGAUCAGUGCUAUGUGGAAUCCUUGGACUACGAAAAUGGCAGUUUGAUAUUUGGAGUGAUGACGUCACAUUAGCAAACCACAUGGAAUCGGCAGGAGUACCGGGGUCUGACGAUCCGCAUGUUUUGGCCUAUGGUGAACCUACAUACCAUAUUCUCCCAGACAAAACGUCUGCAGUCGAACGAACUGCAUCCAUCUACAAGAACAGAAGAUCGUUGGGCCUUUGUGACGGCGAAAAAACUCUCACACUUCCAAACAACGCUACCGUAGUUCAAUGCAGGCACAGCAUGAAGGCCAAAGUCUCAAAAAUGGUCGAGUUUUGGGGUGCGGAAACUCCAUUUGCUAAUUUCAAUCGUAAAAAAUCGUCUACCUGCUUUGAACCUGGCCUUAUGACGGACGAAACUCCUCGUCGACCUAACUACAGCAAUACUAUCCAGUCGAUGACACUGAUUGAGAACAGUCUCACAAACUUCUCUCUGAACAAGUGA